CUUAAAGCCGACAGUCACUGAGUGUCGCUUAUACCUUGAAUGCAACAAUAUCAACACAAGGCGAUGGGCGCUUGGAAGCCACGUAGCGAAGCAGAUGCUUCACAUGCUAACAGCUGUACAUCACUCAAGAUGUUUGGCGAUGCUUGUCCUAAUCUGCUGCUUCGACAACACACCUGCCACUUCCUGCUUUGUGUACUCCAGUAACUCCUGCCUAAGUAAACACACACAUCAGAGGACCAGUAGUAUUCAAGUACUUGUUGUUUACCUCGUUUGUCCCAAGCUUUCCUGCUGUCCUGAUCCAAACCGGAGAACAGGUGUUCUGUAUAAGCGGUGCCCAUCUCACACACACUCAUCCACCUACGCUAGCAUUAUUUAAAAAGCAUAGCCUUUUCCUGCACCCACGCAUAAUCACAGCCAUCAUGGCCAGCAUGCUGUCCAACUUUGGCAAAAUCCUGCUGCGCCGCCGGGCACUGGACUUCUCCAAUGAAGAGACGCAGUUUGCCCGCUGCUUAUCCACCCUGGACCUCAUCGCCUUGGGGGUGGGCUCCACGCUGGGCGCUGGCGUCUACGUCCUCGCAGGUGAGGUCGCUAGAGAGAAGGCGGGACCGGCCAUUGUCUUAUGUUUCCUCAUCGCCGCCCUGUCCUCCAUGAUGGCUGGCCUGUGCUAUGCCGAGUUUGGCGCCCGUGUCCCCAAAACGGGCUCCGCAUACCUCUACAGCUACGUGACGGUGGGAGAAAUAUGGGCCUUCAUAACGGGAUGGAACCUCAUCCUCUCUUAUGUCAUUGGUACGGCCAGUGUGGCCAGGGCUUGGAGCUCGACCUUUGACAACCUGGUCGAACGAAAAAUAUCCGGCUUCUUUAAAGCAUCCAUGGAAAUGAAAGUGCCUGGAAAUGUGCUAGCGGAGUAUCCAGAUCUGUUCGCCCUAAUCCUGGUCCUGCUGCUAACCGGUCUCUUGGCCUUCGGCGUGAGCGAGUCGGCGCUGGUGAACAAAAUCUUCACGGGAGUCAAUCUGGUGGUCCUGGGCUUCGUCAUCAUAUCCGGCUUCGUCAAGGGAGACGUUAACAACUGGAACCUCGAGAAAGACGACUACCUUAACUUCAAGAAUGACACUAAUGUCACCCAAAAGGAUCUGACAGAGAAGUUUGGUGACGGUGGUUUUGCCCCGUUUGGCCUCUCUGGGAUUUUGUCUGGCGCUGCCACCUGCUUCUACGCCUUUGUGGGCUUUGACUGUAUUGCCACAACAAGCGAAGAAGCUAAGAACCCCAUGCGGUCCAUCCCCAUUGGCAUCGUGGCCUCGCUGCUCAUCUGUUUUUUCGCCUACUUUGGCGUGUCAGCUGCCCUGACCAUGAUGAUGCCGUAUUACCAGCUGAACACUGACAGCCCUCUACCCGAGGCCUUCAGCUACGUCGGCUGGGCGCCAGCCAGAUACAUCGUGGCCGUGGGUUCUCUCUGUGCGCUGUCCACCAGUUUACUGGGUUCCAUGUUCCCCAUGCCUCGGGUUAUUUACGCUAUGGCCGAGGACGGGCUGCUGUUCCGGGUUCUGUCCAGGAUGAACACUCGCACAAAGACCCCCAUCCUGGCUACCAUUGUUUCUGGAAUCGUUGCAGCGCUGAUGGCAUUCCUGUUCGAUCUGGCGGCCCUGGUUGACCUCAUGUCCAUAGGAACGCUGCUGGCAUACUCAUUAGUGGCUAUUUGUGUCUUAAUUCUCAGGUAUCAGCCAGGCAAUCUGAAUUCGUCCAGUCAGACGGAGAAGCUGGUGGAGCUGGUGGAAGGCGAGAAGGUGGCUGUGAGCGGCGGGGACAGCGGGGACGAGUAUGGCAUGGAGAUGGAAGACAGACCCCUCCAUGAGACAUUCACUGCCAAGCUGCUCUUCUGCCCAAGUGGGAAAAUCCCAACUAAGACCUCUGGGAUGAUAGUCUACGUUACCACAGCUGUUAUUUCUGUUCUCAUCACCAUUCUGUGCAUCAUCCUGGCAAACGGUUUGGACCAGCUGCUUGUUGCACAUCCAGCUGUGAUAGUGCCCUGCAUCAUCUUGGCUCUGCUCUGCGUCGUCUGCAUUAUCAUCAUAUGGAGGCAGCCACAGAGCAAAGAGGCUCUGACCUUCAAGGUCCCACUGCUUCCAUGGUUGCCUCUGUUCAGCGUUUUUGUCAACAUCUACCUCAUGAUGCAGCUGGACAUUGGUACAUGGUGCCGCUUCUCAGUCUGGAUGGUUAUCGGCUUUGCCAUCUACUUCUUUUACGGUAUUAAAAACAGCAGUGAAGCUAACAACAAGUCGCCCUCAGGAAAAUACGAGCCGGCGCUGCAGAACAAAAGCCCGAUUUACAAGGGCAGUCCUGAUGAGAGCGACGUGGAGGCCAGCAGCAGCCCCUGAUACGGACUGAUGCAGACCCGAGGCUCGUUUCCGGGCACCUGCACCCAUUCCUCAUCAUUUACAGUGCAGGCGGGUCGGAACUAGGCAUGGGCCGGUAUGAAAUUAUGACCUUUGGUUUCGCGGAAUCACGGUAUUAUGGCGACAGCUUGAAACUGUGUUAUUUUGCAUUUUCUUUAUCAUGCUGUGACGUAAAUGCAUACGCGAUUUGCUUCUUAAAUAUUUGCUCAAUUGUGGGCUGAUCUUCACCCUGUGACAUGACCUGUUGCUGCAGGAAGCUCUGCUUUUUCUAAAAAAAAACAAUUCAGACAGAUGAGAAUUUAACUGCAAUUUCAAAUUAGUCUAUCAUCGUAAUCUCUGUGUUCAUAGUCAAAGUUAUUUGUCUUUGGAAGCUGCGUAAACAUGCAGAGCUAGUAACUAUGCAGCAGCAGAGGACCAGUGGGAUUUGAGCUCCACCUUUUUGCUGACCAGACAUUACAAAAAUAAAUGCUUACACUGCAAGCACAGUAUGGCGCUAAAUUUGCGUGGUUUUCAAACCAUAUCACGGUAUACGUUGAAACCGGCAACCGGCCCAUGCCUACUCAGAACGCUGCUCCGGGUUCAAAGGGAGGGCAAAGGCAAGAAACACACAACACACAUCUUACCUCUGACUUGGAGGCUGAUCAACUACUUGACAACUAGACUCUGUGACGAAGCUGAUCUCCAGCUCGUCUGACUUUUAACCCGGUUUUAUUUAGCCUUAGCCCACAGCAAGCAUUUACCUGCCUGAAUCGCAUGCUUUCAAUGAAUCUGACCAACAAAGGGGUCAGAUCGUGUUUUAUUCCGUUACAUGAAGCUGCAAACUGGAAAAAUGUUACUUUUUGUUUUUUACUUUUUGUGUGUUAUUAAUGUCCUGAAGUGGACUAAUGUGAGUCCCAGUGUAAAUCCCAGUCAAUGACCAUUUGAGCCAUUAAGUUCACCAUCAUAAAACCAUUCAGUGAGUCUAGCAACAAAGUGGCAGAGGACAGUAAUCCCUCUCAUGAAUGUGGUGCAGUGGAGGACGCUACCUGUGUGUUUACACGUCGUGUGUGAGAGGCUGUGAGGUUUACAGUGUCAGUUUUUACUGGUAGGUCAGUAGCAUCUGGUCAGUGAUGUUUAUGUUCAAUAUUGUGCAGCUGAAGACCUAACUAGGAACACUAUAUCCACUUCAUCCUAAAUCUCUCUGAAAACUGCUGUAGACUCAAUAUUUAUCUGGAGUAACUAGGCAUGAGCUGAGCAAAAAUACCAUGGUUUGUUGCUAUCAACUCCAAAAUUUAAAUCAAGAAUGUAAAACAUAAAUUCAUGAAUAUUACUUAAAAUAAUAUUUUCUAUAGCAUUAUUACAUUCUUAUGUUGGUAUAAAAAAAAGAAGUAACGCAAUAGAACAAACAUACACUAAAUAUAACAGUACAUUUCAUUUUACGAUUUAUCAUCACAAUAUUUCUUUUAGUAUUUAUUGCGAUAAGAAAGUAUUUCCAACCUGUCACAAUUACAAAUUUUGCUGGAUGAUAAGUUGUCCCAGAAGCUAUUGCGAUAAAUGACAAUAUUGUUGUUUUGAGUCUAUUUUCAAGUAUAGUUAUGAUAAUGGAAGAUGAAUACGCCUUAAAUUCUAAGAAACAUCCAGAAUUUGGAACUGGAAGACAUUUAUAGAUACAAAAUAAAUAGAUGAACAAAACAACAGAAACUACAAAUAAAAUUAUGACGUCUAGUUUAGACCGAAACUCCAGACUGAAGAAUUUUAUCAUCCAGUUUUUGAUAGAGAAAUGAUAAAACAUGGAGCUUGUUUUAAUUUAUUUUACAAUUAAUUGAUUUAUUGCUCAUUGCGACUGGCCUAUUUCCAAAGUCCUCAGUCUGUCGCCGUCUACAGUCACAAACUGCUCUAAAACAUAACCAUCUAAAACCUGGGGCAUGUGAAAACCUCUCCAGACAUCUAUGUGCAUACAAAGAAGAAAUGAAAAAUUGCUCAUUUAAUGUUUUUUCGUCUGGUGCCACCCCCUUUUUCUAACGCCGCCCUGGGCAACCACCCACAUGGUCAUAUCGAAAGUAGAAGUAUCACAAAAAAUUUUUUGCACUUUUCAAACCACAAAUUUUUACAACCUUUAUAUCUACAGCCAGCCCAUGCAUACAUAUGAUAUAAUCUAACAGUUGUUUUAUCACAGUAUUAUCACGUCACCAUUCAACUUUGUGGCCUUUGAUUUCAACUUCAGUGGCUCUAAAAUGUACAUAAAACACAUAAAUCUGUGUGGUUGAACGUUCGCGUCAUCCUGCUGUAUGGAUCUUAAAAUUAUUCAGUGGAUUUACCAACUUACAAUUUUGCUAACAUACCAGUUUAUCUGCCUUUUGUAUUGUUGUCUUGUUCACACAUUUGUACAGACCGGACGAGGUUGAUGGGAUUUUGAGGGUCGGCAUUUUCAGAAGAAAUGUAAUGAACUGUGAUGCACGUCCAAAAUAAGCCAGGGUUCAUGUCAAGUUUUACCACUAAAAUGUAAUCUCUCUUUGUUUUUUACUUCUUUGUAAAAAAAACAUCUAUUCUCCACUAAGACUCUUGAUUAGUUUCAGCUAUAUAACUUCAAAUUUUAAACCUUUUUCAGAUGAAUUAUCAUCACUUGUAUUUUAGUUUUAUAAUCUUAUUUACUUCUAAUUUUGUUAGAAAAUGUUAAUAUUUAUGUGUUUAUUGAUUGUUUGGGAAAGCUUCACUGUUUUUCUGCCUGUAUGUAUUCAUUUUAACUUGCUUUUUAGACGUACAACUUAAUGUUGAUCUUUUGUCAUGUUAUAUGUUUCAUUUCUGAUGUUUUCCGACCAAACUGAAUAUUUUUUUACUCCGCUUCCCAAAAACUACCAAUGAGCUGGUAUUUAAAUUAUUCUAACUGUUUUUGCCCCAAGCCUUUUUCAGUCUGAUUGAUAACUUAUUUUUAAGUUGUUUUUUUUUUGUGUGUGUUUGUUGUCAUAGUAAAAGUGCUUUACUGUAGAGUGUACAGUAUUUGUUUAAAUAUCUUUGUAUAUUGCUGUAAAUUAUGCAAAUAUACUUUCUUUGACAUGAAAAAACAUGUAAACCUGAUGACAGUUUUUGUAGAUUACACUUGAAGGAACUGAUGCUGCUGAAGCCCAAAUUAUUAAACUAUGUGAGAUACAAAAUGCUCCCAUGGAAGCUGGAUUAUACUUUGAAACAUAUCUUUAAAGCGUUUAUCAGUACAAGGUAGAUUUAAUUGUCUUUUUUUUUUGCAGAUGGCGCAUAAGAACCAUUUGUGAAGUCGAAUGUAAAAUUUGCUCUUCAACUUUUUGGUCUGAACUUUAUGUUCUCCACGCUUACUCGUGCCCAAAAUGUUCUGUGACGGUGUGUUGACUCACUCAACUCGUCACAACCCGCCCUGGUGCCUUUUUGAAAAAUGAAUCCAAUAAUUCCCCCGUAGUGCUGUAUCAGUGAGAGCAACAAUUGAGUUUUGUAUUCUGUACAUAUGCUUCAUUGUGUAAAAUGAGCUGCGUUUUAAUUUUCUCUUUUCUUUUUUUUUUUUAAUAAAAGUGAUUUAUCCUCUUGGA